AUGGCGGACAAGAAAUCCAACGCUGUAGUCAAGCCCACGAGCGAGAAGAGUGGGCCAGUGAGCAAAUCCAAGUCCAAAGCCAGACGACCAGCAGGCUUGCCUUCGGUCGCACUUCGAGGAUACCUGAUCCUCUACAACCUCUUGAGCUUCUUCCUCUGGGCUUUGGUGCUGAGCGUCACCAUCAAGCAUCUAGCCGUCGGACCUCAAACGCGAACCUUGCCUACUCGAUUGGCAGAACAAGCUUUGGCGCGUUUCCGACCACUUCGAGGAUUCGUGCAUCCUACCCUUCCUCUAUGGUUGCCCGAGAAGCUCAAGGAGCUGUGGGACAGGUCUACCCUUCUGCACUCUUUUCUCGGGGGACUGCUAGCAUUCACUCAAUCGCUGGCCCUUUUGGAGAUCCUGCACGCAGCUUUGGGUCUGGUCAAGAGCCCAGUGGUGACCACCACCAUUCAAGUGUUUAGCAGAUUGUUGCUCGUUUGGGGAGUGGCGGAGAGGUUCCCUGGAGCUGCUGCGAAUCCCUGGUUUGCUAGCAUGGUCCUCGCUUGGAGCAUCACCGAAUGCGUGCGCUACCCUUUCUACGCUAACGCUCUGAUGAGCGGCGGUGGACCUGAAGAGGGUUCGGGUUUGUUGUGGGCCAGGUGAGCGGUGUUAGUUGUCAAAAGAGUAGACCAUGUGCUGACACGCGUGCACGCACGCUCGCUCGCUCGCGGACGCUACGUCCGGCAGGUACACUUUCUUCUACAUCCUGUAUCCCCUCGGUGCAGCAUCGGAAGCUCAGUUGCUGCUCGCUACUCUUCCAAAGAAGUGGUUUUGGCAAAGCACGGCGGGCUGGGAUGUGCGCGCUUACGUGUAUUUGGGUCUUUGGACGCUCUGGUGGCCAGGUGAGUGUGCACGGGAACGCAUCGAAAUUGCUGCAAAGCAGCCAGGCCAGCGUCACUGAUCGACGCGCGCGCGCGCCCACCACAGGUCUGUACAUUAUGUACACGCACAUGAUCAAGCAGCGUCGUCGGGCAAUCGGCAAGGGCUUUUGGGGCGACAAGCAGACCAAGGCUAUCGCCGAGGCCAAAAAGGUCAAGAGCAAGUGA